AUGUACGGUGGCCGGCCUCCAACUGGGUCUCUAGCAAACAGACCUGCCAGUCGUGCUGGUCAAGGAGCAGCAUCAUGGGGACGAGCACAGGCUACAGGAGGUACUCCCAUGCCGAGUAGGCCACCUGUUCCUCAAACUGCUUCACGAGUUCCUGGAACGGCAAGACCUGGAACUAUGGCACGGGGAUUUGGCGCUGCUGCAACUGGGAACGUGCCGUUUGCAGAACGACCAAUGACACAGCAUGGUUUGGGAGGCCUGAAAACUGGCGCACAAGGACCUGGACGAUUGGUACAGGACAGAACCUUCUUCCAAACUGAAUUACGCAGACGCAUCACAUUGGUCAACAAUGAGAUUGCUAAAUUACAGACGGAAUCAGAUCAAAUAGACAGAGAAAAUUCUAAUACCGGUGCCCUUGAAAAGCGAGCUGAUUCUCUCGCCGAUGAGAUCCGUGAUCUACAAGGACAGCUCGCCGAUUUAAAUACUCUUAUUGAUCGUUUAUCAGCUGGAGCUGAUUUAGAAGAAGUGGAGAGACAGAGGAGUGUGCUAAAGGAGAAGAAUAUGAGAGAGUCUCGAGUUUUGGAUGAUCUUUUUGCAGAACGUCAGCAGAAGGAAGCUGCUGUCAGAGAGGCAGAACGAUUAGUGGAGGAAGAGAGGAAGAAGGCAGAGGCACAUGUUGAAGGAAUGGAUCCAGAGUCUCGACGAGAGUAUCGUCAGCUAAAAGAAAAGGCAGCCAACCUGUCUGCAGAUAUAGACAAGCAACAAACCGAACUGGACGAUCUAUCCAGACGUAGUGCUCAGCUCGAAUCAGAGCUCGGCCAAGAUCCAUUAAAACACAAGGCAGCCAAAUUGAGAGCCAAACUAGCUGAACUGCAAACCAAACGAGAAGAAUUAGAAUCAACAUCCUCAAACAGGUCUAUACAACCACAAGACAAAGCUAGUCUAUUGCACAAAGUCAAGGAAGAUAAUCAGGAAAUAGCAACAAUGGAACGCCGCAUUGCUGACCUCGAAGACCGUAAAAACCGAUUGCUCACAGAUAUAGAGAAACUGGCGGAAAAUGCAGAUCCUGAAGAAUCUAGUGGUUCUGGUGAGAAGAGCGCCAAGUAUGAAGAACUGGUCAAGAGAGAUCGUGAGAUGCAGACCUUUCUGGAUGCUUUUGAUGCCAAUUGGAGAGAAUCUAAUGACAAGAAUAGUCUUACUGAGAAGAAGAUUGUUACUCUGCUUGAUCGGCUACGUAGCUUGUCUGAGAAAAUGGGUGGUGGGUCACGUAAUGAUGCUGAUGAAGGUGUUGUGCAGAAUACGGUUGAUGGUCUUUCUAAAGAACGAGAUCGUAAAACCGCCGAGCUUGAGAAGGUCUUGCAAAUGGAAUCCAAAUUGGCGUCUGAAAUGGCGACCCUGAAUGAUCGAGUUGGAAGCAUGAAUGCAGAUCUGCGUAAAUUCGCUAAUGUGGAUGCCAUUAAGAGAGAAGCUGAGCAAACACGGAAGAAAAACAUGGCACAACGUGAAAUAUUAAAGAAGGAGAUUGCUCGGCUGCAACAAGAUCUACCACAAUUGACGUCAGAACUAGAGGCUCAAAGGGCUGUUCUCAAUCAGAACGAGACGCAUCUUCAGUUGGCGGCAUUAGAAUCCCGUGUCAAGCAUAUUCAGGAGGAGGAAGCUCAAGUUCGAGAAUGCAAGAGGAACUCUGCUCGAAUCGCCGAAAGUGAUUACGGCGUUGUGAAGAGUGAAGUGAUUACACUGGUAGAUGAAAUCAAUUCGCAGCUGAUCAAAAUGCUAUCGAUUCCCAAAUCCGUAUCAUAG